AUGAACCCAAAAGACGAGAGCUACCCAAAGUCUCCACCUACUUCAGCUGAAUUGAACUCGGAGAAUCCGUUUCGACCCGAAAUGUCAGAACCGUUGUUGGGUUCUCAGUCAAUUCCUUCGUUUACUUCUCCUCUGAUGGAAUUUGAAGCCUUUUGUGCUCUAAACCCAUCGGAGUCUUCUUGGUCCUCUGGUGUUUUCGAGUUUGAUAAGAAAGCUCCAACUGGAACGUCUUCGUUUAUGGACGCUGGUGGCGCGGAGCACGUGGCCGUCCCGCAGCCUCUUGAAUGUCUACAGGACAGUCCGGUUCCGCCGUUUCUGUCCAAGACUUUCGAUCUGGUCGACGACCCGUCGCUUGAUUCGAUCAUAUCGUGGGGUUCCGGCGGCAACAGCUUCGUGGUGUGGGACCCAUUGGAGUUUUCCAGGCUCAUCUUGCCGAGGAAUUUCAAGCACAACAAUUUCUCAAGUUUUGUCCGGCAACUUAAUACUUAUGGGUUUCGCAAGGUUGAUACAGAUAAGUGGGAGUUUGGGAAUGAAGCUUUCAAAAGGGGCAAAAGACAUUUGUUGAAGAAUAUCCAGAGGCGCAAGUCACCUCAAUCACUGCAGGUUGGGCCUUCUGCCGAAGCAGGGAGGCCCAGACUGGAAGGUGACAUUGAGACUUUGAGGAAAGAGAGAAGUAUGUUAAUGCAGGAAGUUGGUGAUCUGCAGCAGCAACAACGGGGUACAGUUCACCAUAUGAAAGUAGUGAAAGAGAGGCUUCAGUCUGCGGAGCAGAGACAGAAGCAGAUGGUUUCUUUCUUGUCCAAGUUGCUUCAAAACCCAGCAUUCUUAGCCCGCCUUCAACAGAAGACAGGACAGAAAGGUAUAGACUCUCCAAGGAUGAAGAGGAAAUUUGUUAAGCAGCAUCAGCAUGAACUAGGUAAAUCAGAUUCUUGUAUGCAAGGGCAGAUUGUGAAGUACCAACCUGCUUGGAGAAAUCUCUCUGUAGUCCCAGAUGUGAAUCCAGUAGUUCCUAUUGAACAAUCUCCUGAUAAUCUUUCACAAGUUAUGGCAGGAAAACUGGGUUUGGUUGCAGAAAGCAAGCCGUAUCAAUUUGCAGAUGUAGCAUCAGAUGAGUUAAAUUUAUCAGCUGAACCAGCAGUAAUGCGAGGGCUUAUCAAAACACCAGAGCAAGAAGGUGAAGGGGCGUCAAGCAUGGGAGCUGAAGAUCCAUUUCAAAAAGGGAAGAGUGUUCUGAGCCCAGAACAGGAGGUUAAUCCCGAGUAUCAUGUCUGUUUCCAGGAGGAUUUUGGGAAGAAUAAGAUGUUUCCGGAACUUUUCUCUCCAGGGAUCGAUAGCAUGAUUAAACAAGAAGAUAUAUGGAGCAUGGGUUUUGAUGUCAGUGCUGGUAUGUCAAGUUCUAGUAAUGAGUUAUGGAGUAACCUGGUCAACUAUGAUGUGCCGGAGAUGGGAGUGACAAGCGGAUUGUUAGAUAUCUGGGAUAUAGGUCCCCUGCAUGCAGCAGGAGGAUCAGGCAUUGAUAAGUGGCCAGCUGAUGAAAAUGCAUUUGAUGAGCCUGAUGGUCAAGCUGGCCAGCUAAAAGUCGAUACAUCUAAACGUAUUGAUCCAUAG